GCGAUCAGUGGAGCAGAGCUUCGUUUUGCCCUCCAAGUGGGCGUUCCUAUGAGCAUGUGACGUCACGUGUCAUGACGCGUUGACGUCAGCACGUCGAGGAAGUGAAGUGAACACGUGGUUUACGGCUGUCCACGCUUCUACACAGAGUUACUAACGUUUCAGGCAGCUUUGAUCAGUUCAAUAGCAGAAGAAUGGCAGUCCGUGCGUCAUUUGAAAAGAAUAAUGAAAUUGGAUGCUUUGCCAAGCUCACAAACACAUACUGCUUGGUAGCGAUUGGUGGUUCAGAAAACUUUUACAGUGUUUUUGAAGGUGAACUGUCAGAAACAAUGCCUGUCGUUCAUGCCUCUAUAGCAGGAUGUCGAAUCAUUGGCAGAAUGUGUGUGGGAAAUCGUCACGGUCUCUUGGUGCCCAACAACACGACUGAUCAAGAGUUACAGCACAUUAGGAACUGCCUGCCAGAUUCAGUGCGGAUUCAGAGAGUAGAAGAGCGUCUUUCCGCGCUGGGGAACGUCAUCGCUUGUAACGACUAUGUUGCUCUAGUUCAUCCUGAUCUUGACAGAGAAACAGAAGAGAUUCUUGCAGACACUCUCAAGGUGGAAGUGUUCAGACAGACGAUUGCGGAGCAGGUGCUUGUGGGUAGUUACUGUGCCUUCAGUAACCAGGGAGGCCUCGUCCACCCCAAAACCUCCAUAGAAGAUCAAGAUGAACUCUCAUCACUCCUGCAAGUACCUUUAGUGGCUGGAACGGUGAACCGCGGUAGUGAGGUGAUCGCUGGUGGUAUGGUGGUGAAUGACUGGUGUGCCUUCUGUGGGCUGGACACCACGAGCACUGAGCUGUCCGUCAUCGAGAGCGUCUUCAGAUUGAGUGAAACACAGCCCAGCGCCAUCGCAACUACUAUGAGAGACUCGCUCAUCGACAGUCUCACAUAAAACUGAAAUGGUUCUGAAGUCUUUGGAUAUUUGUGGGAAGAUGCCUAAACAGACCUGGAAGUCAAUAUUAGAUGGUUUGAAGGCUGAUUAUGUCUCCCUUCAGGGAGAAACGCACUCUUGCCUUCGUACCAUGAGAAAACGUGUUGUCAUUAUAAUGUUCAUUUAUGAACUGCUUGUCACACUGUCUUUUUGUAAAAUACUUAGAAGUAUUGUGUUGAUGGGCUGUUUUUAAUAUAAUCACUUCACAGCCUACAUAAAAUAAAACCACAUGUCCUUUAAAUGGUGCCAAAUGUUUGUUUCGUUGCACAAUGCAGCAUUGAUAAAGCUGUGCAUGAUCAACAUAGACUGCUUUGUUAAAUAAAAAAAUCAACUUCCACA